UAGGCUGAAACAGGGAAACGCUAGAGCAUCAGCACCUCAAAGCUCAGUUAAAUGUACAUGGAAGCACUGACACUCUGCCAGCUGUGGUUAAAGCUGCAGUGGCUAAAAUAUCAAAGUAUUCUCUUUGCCUCCUUUAUUGGCACACUGCAGUUUUAUUUAAGCGCAGACAUGAAUGUCCCGAAAUGCAGUUGAGACUUCUUUUAAUUAGUGCCCACUGGUGUUUGCCUGCCCUGUAACUACAUAAUGGUAAGCUUUGGUUACAGCAAGCCACCAUUACUUCUCCUCAUUCAUUGUGUUUAUACUCAUUAUGCCUUACUCAUUGCUGACCAGUGAAGCGUACUCGUACUACUCCGGCUGCCCUACAGUUUCAUGAUAUUUGCAUCGGAGAUUAAGAGUUUGUUGUUGGAUUAGAACAAAAACAUUUAAUUAGUUAAAGAAAUUAUAGUCAAGGGAGACAUUUUUAGUCUUGACCUCUGCAAGAGUAGCUUUGCAUGAUUAACAGUUCACAAUAAUCCAUGUUUAUGUUACAGUAAGCUUUGGUGUAGCACCUCAUCCAUUAUUUCUCUUAAGCAAAUAUUUUCUUGAUUGGCAGCCUCUUGCAAUCAAAAGACUUGAACAGGUGGUGGGAGCUGUAGCUGCUGUGACCAUGUUAGGGUUAUCCCCCCUUAUUUACAUCAAACGGAGCCAAUUUUAGGAACAAUUUGUUGUAAUAUGAGUGUUUGGAGCAUUCUGAAGUCUGAGCUUUUGACUCACAUUGAUUACCUCAACAUAUCCUCACCUCUUUACUUGAAUGUUUGGCCAAAAAUCAGCAUCCACCACUCUAACCGUGUACAUCCACUUCGAUAUCACUUGCAAUCACACUCAAACACACUGCCAGAAGGCCAUUUCCACCAACUGCCAGACCCACUUCAUGGAUAACCUCAGGUAUACUAAUUUCUUAGAUGAUGCUUUCACCACAUGUCUGAAAUCGGUCUGAGAUCUCUUGCUCUCAAACGUUACAGUUCAUGAUAAGAGGAGCAUAACUGACUUACAUCGACACCUGUACAGUACAGCCAUGCUUCUAGGCUUACCUAAAAAAAAAAAAAAAGCUUCAGCAUGUGUUGUGUGCAUUUGGUCACAUAUCCAAAGCAUGUAUUAUUCAAAGGAGCGUAUGCAUGUGCGCGUGUUUUGUGCAUUCAUGUGCAGUGACGCAUGUCUGUGUGACUUAGACUAAUCCUAUUAGGGCUCUCUCCCUCUCUCUCUAUAUUUACCUCAACCCUCUCCCUGAGAUUAACCCGGGUAUUUUCUGCAAGUGCCUCUGCAGAUCGCUAAGCACUUUCCUACAGUACAGCCUGGAGUUCACCGGAACCAGGCUCAAAACUAUUCACUCUUUCAGUUAAUUCUGCACCCUGCCUGUUAAAUCAGCCUUAAAAACAGGAUACAAAAGAAUCAGUAUUAUGCUUUGAUGGCUUAAUGGGUGAUAUCAGACUCAAACCAGCAAAUUAAGCUGCGAAGGGAAGAUUGAAACAAGCCCAUCCUACCUUUGCAAUCCAAUUUGUCUUCUUUUUCCAUCCCUCCUUUACUCGCUCCCUUCUUGUCUUUAAGUAAUAAGAUUUCUAGUGUUUAGCUAGAGUUUUAGGGCACACACACACACACACACAUCCUCUGCCCCUCAAUUACAGCGCUGCCACACCUCCAGCUAUCUGUAAUCUCCCUUAGAGGACCGCAGAGUGCAGGGUGAACAAAUUACAGAGAAAGGGGUGAAGACACAGUGAAAGGUGCCACUAAAAUAACAAGCUUCACGGGAUUUAAAUGAAGAGAAAAAAAAGCAUAUGAAAUAAUAUAAUGGCUUGAAAGACAGGAGAAAACCCGGAUUCCCUCUAUGUCUUUUUUGUGAGAGCCGAGGAGUUUCAAGAGGGCCUUUAUCCUUUCACAUUCCUGUCUUUCAUCAUGGUUGACCUUUUCCUAAACCGAGUUCUCAUCGAGAACAACUGGGACCAAGACGAACUCAACACUGAGCGUGAGAUCAUGGGGAUUCUCGAAAAUCGCAUCGUCAUGCUGUUUUUUGCAUCUGCUGAAUGUGAAAAGUGCCUGGAGUUUGUGCCUGUUCUGAACGACUUCUUUAAGAGACUGAAAGAUCCAGCAUACAUCGAAUACCCGAAACUGCUCGCACUCAUCUACAUCAGUUUGGACCAAUCAGAAGAGAAGCAGGAAAAAUUCCUCAAAGAGCUGCACAAAAAGGUUCUGUUUCUGGCCUUUGAGGACCCGUACAGGAAGGAACUGCAGACCAUGUUUAAAGUGAAAGAUGUACCAACAAUAGUGGUCCUGCGUCCCGACGGUUCUGUCCUCUCUCCAAACGCUGUGCGGGACAUCUGUCGUUUCGGCUGUGACUGUUUCCAAAACUGGCAGGAAUCGGCUGAGCUUGUUGAAAGGAGCUUCAUGCUAAACGAGGAGUUUGACAACCUUAACUUGCGCAGCGCCACUGACCCUGUGAGGAGGCUCAAGUACAAGACAGAGGACGACAAACGCAAAAAGAGAUGGUGGAAGUUAUGGGGGAAGGGAAGAGAUGGAAAUGAAGAGGAAGAGGAGAAAGAUGGAGCAUGGGAUACCAAGAGAAAUGAGGGAGAUAACAAUACCUGGAGGAUAAGAUGAGGAAAACAUAUAUCAUAAAAUAUAUUAUGUAUGCUAUCACUCAGACAUUUAGGAGAAAUAUUUUUGUUUUAGAAAGAAAUUUUUAUCUGCUGUUCCAGAAAAUUCAUCAGAAAUGUUAUCAAGAUUAACUGCUAUAAUUCAUAAUUAGGAAUUUAUGAUUUUCAGUCGCACGCAGUGGUACAGUAGGAAGGUCAUGGGUUUGAAUGCAGCCUAUGUGGAGCUUGCAUGUUCUCUCUGUGUUUGAGUGGUCUGGCUUUCUCCCACACUCCAAAGACAUGAGUGGGUUUAGGUUAAUUUGUGAAUCUAAAUUCCCUGUGAGUGUGAAUGGUUGCCUGUCUCUAUGCGUUAGCUGUGCAAUAAAUUGGUGACCUGUCCAGGGUGUAUCCUGUUAUAGCUGGGACUGGCUACAGCCCCCUCAUGACCCUGAAUCGGAUAAGAGCGAGAAGAUGGAUGGACGUAAGAAUAAGUAAACCGGGGACUGUUUUCAACAACCAUCAGUCUUUGUUUUUGAGUUCAAGUUUAUUUUACCUGUUUUUCUUGGUGUGCCCAUAUAUGUAUGUAUAUAUAUAUAUAUAUAUGUAUGUAUAUAUAUAUAUAUAUAUAUAUAUCUGUAUAUGUAUUGUGCAUAUAAAUUAAAAGUUUUUUUUUAAGUGGGGAAAUGGGGGAAAAAAAAACUCAGAUGUUUUCAUACUGUGUGCACUAAUCCUUUUACAAACCAGCACAAUCUGGCUCUGUGAGGUGUUUUUUCUCAAGCCAAAGACUAAUGCAGUUGUCGUCUUGCACAGUUUUGCACUCUGGUUUCCAGCUUCUCUUUCUAAUCAAGUUAGAACCAGUUUGGGAUCUUCUUUGUAGGGUUAGGUUGGUGCACGCCAUUGUAGGGAACAGUACAGUUUUGUUUUGUUUUUUUUGUUAAUUUCCUGAGUGGAAUAGCCUUCAUUUCCUAGAACAAAAAUAAUCUGUUGCGCUUCCAAAGAGUUUCUUUUUAUUAACCAUUUUGAGCCUCACUUUAAUGUUGCAUAAGAUGAAAACAAAUUUCCUUUUCUUAAAAAGAACAAGCAGAGAGCAGAUGUAGGCUAUAAAGCAGACUGUUUGAAACUAGCAUCUACUAUUACUGCUCAUCUGUUGUUGUGGAUACCUACUGUAUAUGUUGAUGGUGUUUUUUCUUUUUUUAUAUUUAGUUGCUAUUAUUCACUUGGCGAUAUUCACCACCACAAGAGAUGCCACUGUUUUUAUUCAGAAAACACAAAUAUGUACAAACCAAUCCUGCCUAAAUAUGUGAGUAUCGAUCCCCAGGAUUCCAAUCUAAAGCUCUACAAAUCAAUACCUCCUUAUUGACUUAGGAUCAAAUUACUGUGUAUAGCAAGAGAGGACUCACAUGUAUACUGGCUACUCCAGCUGUGCAACUCUACAGACUUGUUUCUUUCUGCUUUUCUUCCCUCUUCUUUACCUUUUCUACUGACAAUAUAAUUCUUCUGGCUAAGUAAUUCAAGACAUAUCAGCUCCACUUCCAGCAGCAUCAGGCAGCUGUUUUCUGAGCAAAUAAUCAGUGGAUUGUACGUGUGCUGCUCAGCAUGAUAAAGAAACAAGGCUAGUGAAAAAGUCCAUCUUUCUGCAGCUAACAGUCAAGAUAUAAUAUUUUCUCAGUGUGGAGGGGAGACAAAAAUGAAUGCUAAAAACAGGUAACAGGUUUAAAUUAAUCAGAUACCGAGACUGAUAUCUGCUGGAUAUGUAAACAGGCAACUAUUUUCUACCACACUGUUUUUUUUAAUAAUAUUUGGGCAAAAAAACCCCUAAAAAUAUACAUGUCAUUGCAUUUCUUGGCUAUGUUAAGGUGCUGGCGCCUGCUUGUUUUGUAACUGAAAUUAAUGUCUUGUCAGUGUGUUAUUUACUUUCAUAACACUGUUAUUUGUCUUUGCUAUUCUUUGUUAACUACGUCUCAUCAGAGUUUGCACUUUGUUAUUGCAUAGUUAAAUGUGAAUUGUAUGCUCUCCAAAAUCAUUAAAUUCUCUAUUCUUUUAAUAUAAA